CGAUGCUCGCGUCGCAAGCCGGCGGCGCGAGCCUCGCGUCUCGCGUCUCCGCGGCGUCCGCGCGAUGCCGCGCGGAUCGCGCGACGACGACGGCGCCCCGGAAGGCGACGAUCGCGCGCGGUCGACGAAACCGCCGCAAGGAUAAAUCGCGCGCCACCACCACCGUCGACGACGACGACGACGACGCGAGCGCCGAGACCACCGCGGACGCGCUGAGCGACCUCGCGUCGCGCGGCGUGGACGUGGACGCCGCGACCGCGGCGGCGCUGGACGCGAGCGCGCGGGACAUGCUCGCGCGCGCGGGCAUCUCCGCGGACGCGGUCGCCGCGGAGACGCGCGGCGACGCCGUCGCGUCGUCGUCGUCGUCGUCGGCGCCCCUCCCCGCGGUGUCCAGGGACGACGUCCUCGACAGCUGCGUCGGGACGACCGCGUGGAUGCUCGCGAUCGGUCUGAUCGCGCGCGAGGGCACGUACUUCGGGCAGGGCGUGCUCCCGGACGCGGUCCCGGACCUCGCGAGCGCGCUGCCGCUCGUGGCCGCGCUGCAUCCGCCGUUUCCGCCGUCGGACCUCGCGAGGGAUCUGGGGAUCGCGGUUGGCGCGGCGGCGGCGGUGACCGCCGCGCGGGGGGCGCUGCUCCGAGCCUGGCCGGACUUCGCGGAGGCGUCCAACCGCAGCAACGCGCAGGUUCUAACGCCGUUGCGACCGUUCGACGUCGUCACCGUCGCCGUCUUGCCCGCGCUGGCCGAAGAAACGCUCUUCCGCGGUGCGUUACUCCCCGCCAUCGGCGUCUCGCCCGUCGGCGUCGUCGGCGCGGGCGUCGUCUUCGGCGCGUUGCACGCGGGCGGAGGAAGAAACGCGGCGUUCGCCGCGUGGGCGAGCGUCGUCGGGUGCGCGUACGGCGCGUGCGCGGUGGCGACGGGGAACGUCGCCGUCGCGAUGGCGGCGCACGCGAUGGCGAAUUACGCCAGCGCGGCGUUGUGGCUCAAGGAGAACCCCGACGCCGCGAAGGCUUAGAGACGCGCGCGCUCGCGUAGAUGUUGAUGUUGUUAACCGAAAUUAUUAUUGCUGC